AUGGGCAAGAUCCUCCAAAAGAAAAAGGCGCGCUCUGGUCUUUCCAAGGCCAAGGCCAAGAACAACCGCCUGAAGAAUGGCAACAAGAAAAUUAACGUGCUGGGCAAUCAAAUUAUCGCCCAGAAUUGGUUUGUUCACUCUCGGAUAUCUCGAGGAGAAAGCACGGGGUUGCUAACAAAAACCUCGAUCAAUGUUCUCAGGGACCGUGACUUGACUCUUACGCAAAACUAUAAAAGACUCGGUCUCCUGCACAAGUUAAAUGCUCCCACCGGUGGCAAGGAACGUAUACCCGGACGCAACGACCUCGAGGAAAAGUCAAACUCGCUCCACAUCAACGGCAGUGCCGUCGACGCAGCGACGCAUAUUGAUGUCGGCGAGACAAAGGUCGAGCGCGACCCCGAGACCGGGAAAAUUCUCCGAGUCAUCCACGAUGUCGACGAGAUCGAAGUCGCAGGCAAGAAGCGACCACGCGCAAACCCGCUCAACGAUCCAUUGAAUGAUCUUUCGGAUAACGAGGACGUCGCCAUCAAGGCCAUGCCCGCAUCGAAGGUGGUGCAACAGUUGGAGCGUCAGGCCGAUUUGGAGGGCGUCGGAGAGAAGGCCAAAAAGCCCCGCCACCAGAGCACACGUGAGGGCGAAUGGAUCUCACGGCUGAUUGAGAAGCAUGGCGACAAUUUGUCGGCCAUGGCUCGGGAUCGCAAGUUGAACCCUAUGCAGCAAUCAGAGGGCGAUAUUCGCAGGAGAAUCAACAAGUGGAAGAAAAGCCAGCAGGCAUAA